AUGGGUAAUAGUAACAUUGUUGUGGUUUUCGACUUUGAUAAAACCAUAAUCGAUUGUGACAGUGAUAAUUGGGUUGUUGAUGAGUUAGGUUUCACUGAUUUGUUCAAUCAACUCUUUCCUAUCAUGCCAUUCAACAAACUCAUGGAUAGGAUGAUGAUGGAGCUUCAUUGUAAUGGAAAAACAAUUGAAGACAUUGUUGAAGUUUUGAAGAGAGUUCCUAUACACCCUAGAAUGAUCCCUGCCAUUAAAGCAGCAAAUGCUUUAGGGUGUGAUUUGAGGAUUGUUAGUGAUGCAAACACGUUUUUCAUAGAGACAAUUCUCAAUAACCUUGGAAUUAGAGAAUGCUUCUCUGAGAUUAACACUAAUCCAGGUUAUGUUGAUGAACAAGGAAGAUUAAGAGUUUUGCCAUAUCAUCAUCUCAACCAAACUCCUCAUAGAUGUAACCUCUGCCCUAUAAACAUGUGCAAGGGUCUGAUAAUAAAUAGAAUCCAAGAUUGUUUUCCAUGUGAAGAGAACAAAAGGUUUAUCUAUCUUGGUGAUGGUAGUGGAGAUUAUUGUCCAAGCUUGAAUCUAAAAGAAAAAGACUUUGUGAUGCCGAGGAAGAAUUUUCCGGUAUGGGAUUUGAUUUGCAAAGAUCCAUCUCUUGUGAAAGCUCAAAUUUAUGAAUGGGGUGAUUGGGAAGAACAAGAAAGGAUUUUGCAUGAAUUGAUCAACAAAAUUUCAAUGGAAGAAACUGCUCAAUUCAAGAAGAUGACUCCAUCCUUCUCUGGUCAUGAAGCUUUACCUGUUAUGCUAUAA